AAGAAUCUAAAUCGUUUCAUUAAGAAAACUGAGAUGAUGGUAGAAGAUGUUAAGAUUAUGUAGCUCUGAUCUUGUUUCUCUUUGUACUUCAGUAACAUCAUAAUCACUUUGUUUAACAACUUCAAUUUACUGUUAAGUUCUAUUUGUGGUGUUUCUCUCAUUUUUCAACUAGCUACAUUUCCUGUUACUGUUUCCUGCUUUUUCUUUCAGAUUUUGUUAUGUGUACUCACCAAUGCUUUUGUAAUUAUGGGCUUGUAUUAACUAAUAGAGAGUCCUUAUUGUUAUGAGAUAUGGUUAAAGUGUAACAGAGAUAGGGAAAGUAGCUUAGGCAAGUCUUAUGUAUUUCUGUUGUAUUCCUGCAUCCAAGUUCCUAUUUGGCGCUGUUUUGUAUUUGUUAUGGCUGCUGUUGCAUUUUGAAUUUUAUAUGCCAUUAGCAUAUCAGAUUAGUGAUUCUCCUUCUACUCUUCUGAACCCUUACAUUUAUUUAUUUCUAAAGCCUCUUGAAUGUCACUGAUGUCAUUGCAGCUUCACCUUUGACAUGUUUGAAGGAUCACCCUGGAAAGGGUGAAAAACUCACCUUAUCCAGUUAUCCCUGAGUGUGAUGCAAACUGCUUGUUCAUGGAGAUGUUAGUCAGUAGAGAUUGCCCAUGUCAUGUUCCUCUUACCAUUAACCAACAGAGUGACCAUUGCCUCUAUCUAGCUAGUUAUGCACGGAUGCAUCUUGGAAAGGAAUUCUUGAGGUAUGCAUAAAUCUUUCAGAUAUGUUUAGAUAGGAGACAGGAUAAGUCCGCAGAUUGAUAUUAAUUUUAUUGUUCUAAUUUAUUCUGAAAUUUUAUGUCCCCGGAGAAUGUUUUAGCGGGUAGAGUUGUUCCAGGUAUCAAGUCUUCAAAAUCACUUACUUUUCUUAGUCAAUGCUUUACAGACAAAUUUUACGAGAGGAAAAGCAAAUUGAAAGAAAGUGUGCUGCUUGUUCUUGGAAGUUCUUACCCUAUAUCUAAUGCGUCUUACAAUUUUUACUUUACACACUUUAAUGUCACUGUUAAUGUUUGGAAAAUAGAAUAUCUAUGAUUUUGGCUGUGUUUGAGAAUAUUGUGAAGUGUUGUGGUUGUGUUUUUUUAAUAUUUUACUAUGAGUAGCCUUAGAUGCAAAAUCUAAUAUCAUCUACAUUCUUCAGAAUCCAUGGAUGUCAUUUCAAGCACAAUCAAGGUAAUAAGCGGACUAAAGAAGUAGCCACUUAGCAGGGAGCAUGGUAUUAAUAUAUGGAGUUAAUACCUCCUUGGAUGAACAUAGGCGCACAAAGGUUCAUUUUUGCGCAAUAUAUAAGAAGUAUUUUUCUUUUACAUCUUUAUAAUUGCUAUUCGUUUUGUAUUAUCAAGUUAUCACCGCUAUUUUUUGCCAAUUAAUCCAUGAGAAGUAG